AUGGGUGACACAGCACAAGACCCAAGCCCUGUGCCUUGCUGGGCCACCACAGCACCCCCAAAAAAGAAACCGGACCCUGUUACUUCGGAGACGGUGGUGAUCUGGGGGCUGCGCCUCUGGCAGGUGGUUGGUAUCUUUGCCAUCUUUGUCCUCUCAGUCAUUAUCACACUCUGCUGUAUCUUCAAGUGCCGGAUUCCCCGGACAAGGAAAGAGAUCGAAGCCCGGUAUGCCCAGAGACAAGCAGCCAAGACAUAUGCUGACAAACUGGAGACUGUGCCACCCCUCAACGAGCUGACAGAGAUCCCUGGAGGCUCUACUGAAACUCUCCUAACUCUCUCUGGUCAUGUCCAGUCCAGACCUCUCAACUCCCUGCCUGUGGUGAAAGAAGAAGAUGAAAUGGCCCUGCAAGGAAAUUAG